CUGACAUUUUCCCUCUGUUUUUUAUCCUACAGACAUGCACACAAAAGCCUUUGUGUUCCCCAAAGAGUCAAAUAAUUCCUUUGUGACGCUGACUGCGCAGCUAACUAAGCCACUCAAGGCCUUUACCGUGUGCCUACAUGUCUAUACCGACCUGACCCAUGACUACAGCCUUUUCUCUUACGCCACACACACACACAAAUAUAAUGAGAUUCUCCUCUUCAAAAUAAAGAUGAGCAUGUACAGGGUAUCUGUGGGUGGAGCUCCUGUCUUUUUCAAGCCUCCUGAGAGUUCUCCUGCACCAAUGCACUUCUGUGUGAUCUGGGAGUCCGCCUCAGGGAUUACAGAACUCUGGGUGGAUGGGAAGCCCAUGGUGAGGAGAAGUAUGAAGAGAGGAUACUCUUUGGGGACAGAGGCAAGCAUCAUCCUGGGGCAGGAGCAGGAUGAAUUCGCUGGGGGCUUUGAUAAAAGCCAGUCUUUGGUGGGAGACAUCGGAGAUGUGAACAUGUGGGAAUAUGUGUUGUCACCGGAAGAGAUUGGCACUGUGUAUGCUGGUGGGACCUUCAGUCCUAAUGUCCUGAACUGA